CCGGUGGUCACCACCGAGCUGCCACCCUCGCGUGAAGCCUCCGCUCCCUCCUCCCUCCUCCCUCCGUGCUAGCUAGUAGCUAUAUAGCGCGCCCCGCCCACUCUGCUCCCCUCCUAAUUUUAGCACAGCCCUCCUCAUUUCGCUCCCGCGGCCGCACAGGGUUUAAGCAGGCCGGGUCAGUUGGUUCGAUCCGAUCCGAUCCGAUCCGGCUGCGGCGAGAUGGCGGCGCCGGCAUUUGCGGUUUCCGGCGCGGGGCUCGUCGGGGCGCCGGCUCCUCGAUCCGGAGGCGCCGAACGGCGGAGGCGCGGGGUGGAGCUGCUCUUCGGCCGCAACAAGCCCCCCUGCUUCCCUCGUGCCGUUCGCGCCGGAGGCUCGGAAAGGCGCGUGGCCGUGCGCGCGGGGGGCGCGUCCGGGGAGGUGAUGAUCCCGGACGGCGAGAGCGACGGAAUGCCGCCGUCUUCCAACGACGGUUCCGUUCAGUUCCAGUCGGAUGAUCUGGAGGUACCAUUCAUCGAUGACGAUUCAGUCAUAGAGGAUGCAGGUGGAGAUACUACUGGGUCUUCAGAGCCAAAUCUGGCUGCUGAAGAAGCUGAUUCUGAAGGCAUGACCAAAAUAGACCAAGAAUUGUCUACAGGGGAGAAACUGCGUGAUGUACCACAACCAGGAAAUGGAGAGCAAAUAUACGAGAUUGACCCGAUGCUCCGAGACUUUAAGUACCAUCUUGGGUACCGGUACAGCCUAUAUAGGAGAUUACGUUCAGACAUUGACCAGUAUGAAGGAGGGAUGGAUGCCUUUUCCCGUGGUUACGACAAGUUUGGAUUUAAUCGCAGCGCUGAAGGUAUCACUUACCGUGAAUGGGCUCCUGGAGCACACUCUGCAGCAUUAGUAGGGGACUUCAACAACUGGGAUCCAAAUGCAGACCGUAUGAGCAAAGAUGACUUAGGUGUUUGGGAGAUUUUUCUGCCAAACAAUGCAGAUGGUUCGUCACCAAUUCCUCAUGGCUCACGUGUAAAGGUGCGAAUGGAAACUCCAUCUGGGAUAAAGGAUUCAAUUCCUGCGUGGAUCAAGUACUCUGUGCAGGCUCCAGGAGAUAUACCAUACAAUGGCAUAUAUUAUGAUCCUCCCGAAGAGGAGAAGUAUGUAUUCAAGCAUCCACAACCUAAACGACCAAAAUCACUGCGGAUAUAUGAAACACAUGUUGGCAUGAGUAGCCCGGAACCAAAGAUAAACACAUAUGGAAACUUUAGGGAUGAGGUCCUUCCAAGAGUUAAAAGACUUGGAUACAAUGCAGUGCAAAUAAUGGCAAUCCAAGAGCACUCAUACUAUGGAAGUUUUGGGUACCAUGUUACCAAUUUCUUUGCACCAAGUAGCCGUUUUGGUACACCAGAAGAUUUGAAAUCUUUGAUUGAUAGAGCUCAUGAGCUUGGUUUGGUUGUCCUCAUGGAUGUUGUUCACAGUCAUGCAUCAAGUAAUACCCUGGAUGGGUUGAACGGUUUUGAUGGCACGGAUACACAUUACUUUCAUGGCGGUUCACGGGGUCAUCAUUGGAUGUGGGAUUCACGUGUGUUUGACUACGGCAAUUGGGAAGUUAUAAGAUUUCUACUUUCCAAUGCAAGAUGGUGGCUAGAGGAAUAUAAGUUUGAUGGUUUCCGAUUUGACGGUGUGACCUCCAUGAUGUAUACCCACCAUGGAUUGCAAGUAGUCUUUACAGGGAACUACAAUGAAUAUUUUGGCUUUGCCACUGAUGUAGAUGCAGUUGUUUACUUGAUGCUCGUGAAUGAUCUAAUUCAUGGGCUUUAUCCUGAAGCCAUAACUAUUGGUGAAGAUGUUAGUGGAAUGCCUACAUUUGCCCUUCCUGUUCAAGUUGGUGGCGUUGGUUUUGACUAUCGGUUACAUAUGGCUGUCGCUGACAAAUGGAUUGAACUUCUCAAGGGAAGUGACGAAGCUUGGAAAAUGGGUGACAUUGUGCACACACUAACAAAUAGAAGGUGGCUGGAGAAGUGUGUUACUUAUGCUGAAAGUCAUGAUCAAGCACUUGUUGGUGACAAGACUAUUGCAUUCUGGUUGAUGGACAAAGAUAUGUAUGAUUUUAUGGCUCUGGACAGACCUUCGACACCUAACAUUGAUCGUGGAAUAGCAUUGCAUAAAAUGAUUAGACUUAUCACAAUGGGUUUAGGAGGAGAGGGCUAUCUUAACUUUAUGGGAAAUGAAUUUGGACAUCCUGAAUGGAUAGACUUUCCAAGAGGCCCACAAGUGCUUCCAACUGGAAAGUUCAUCCCAGGAAACAACAACAGUUACGAUAAAUGCCGUCGAAGAUUUGACCUGGGUGAUGCAGAAUAUCUUAGGUAUCAUGGGAUGCAGCAGUUUGAUCAGGCAAUGCAGCAUCUUGAGGGAAAAUAUGGAUUUAUGACAUCAGACCAUCAGUACGUGUCUCGGAAACAUGAGGAAGAUAAGGUAAUCGUGUUUGAAAAAGGGGACUUGGUAUUUGUGUUCAACUUCCACUGCAGUAACAGCUAUUUCGACUACCGUGUUGGCUGUUUAAAUCCUGGGAUGUAUAAGGUGGUCUUAGAUUCGGACGCUGGAAUAUUUGGUGGAUUUGGUAGGAUCCAUCACACUGCAGAGCACUUCACUUCGGACUGUCAACAUGACAACAGGCCCCAUUCAUUCUCAGUGUACACUCCUAGCAGAACUUGUGUUGUCUAUGCUCCAAUGAACUGACAAAGCAAAGUGCAACAUGCAAUUGUGCGCGAUGUUGUUGCUAGUAGCAAGAAAUCUCCGAGAAAAAUCAUUUGGGCAGUGCAACCAGGUGCAAGGUCUCUCUCAUGCCAUGAGACAUUUCUCAUUAUGGCUUCAAUAAGAUCUCGGCUUCAACGAGUACUGCUGGAUCGACUAGACAGCAUGGUUUUGUGAUUUGUGCUCCAAAUUUUGAGGGCGUCGUGAGAAAAAACAUGCUCAUAUGUGUUAUGAUUUUUUGAAUUGGCGAUGAAACCUCUCCCAAAUACCAAUGUCUUCGUAAUUCCUGAUGGCCCAUAGAUAAUUGCUACUACCCUCUCAACUGCCAGUUCAGCAUAGAUGCUUUUCUUUUCUUGUAAUGCUUGAUUAGACUUAUGCUCCAUUUUCGAAUGAUAGUACUUAUGAUGUCCAUUUCGAAAAAAGUACUUAUGAUGUUUUAUAUAUUUAUUUGAUCAGCAGGGCAACGCCCCAGUUCUAUUUU